UGUGUUCCUCUAGUCCCAAUUCCAAUUUACUUUUAUACUUAACUUUGCAACCCCCUCCCCUCCUUCAGCCUCAUCUGUUUCAAUGGUGCAACUCUCUUCAUCCCUUUUUGGUUACCAGUCUCCUUCAGGCCAUUCAGAGGAGGGAACAGAGGGGAAUAUGAAGUCAGCCAAGCCCCAAGUGAACCACAAUCAGCAUGGGGAAAGCCAGCGGGCCACCAGCCCCCUGCAGUCUACUCUCAGUUCUGCUGCAUCUCCUUCCCAAGCAUACGAGACCUAUAUUGAUAAUGGACUCAUAUGCCUUAAACACAAAAUUAGAAACAUCGAGAAAAAGAAGCUCAAACUGGAAGAUUACAAGGAUCGCCUGAAAAAUGGAGAGCAACUUAAUCCAGACCAGUUGGAAGCAGUAGAAAAAUAUGAAGAAGUGCUACAUAACUUGGAAUUUGCCAAGGAGCUGCAGAAAACCUUUUCUGGAUUGAGCCAAGAUCUACUGAAAGCGCAGAAGAAGGCCCAGAGAAGGGAGCAUAUGGUAAAACUUGAGGCUGAGAAGAAAAAGCUUCGUACUAUACUUCAAGUUCAGUAUGUAUUACAGAACUUGACACAGGAACACGUACAAAAAGACUUCAAAGGGGGCUUGAAUGGUGCGGUGUAUUUGCCUUCAAAAGAACUUGACUACCUCAUUAAAUUUUCAAAACUGACCUGCCCUGAAAGAAAUGAAAGUCUGAGUGUUGAAGACCAGAUGGAGCAAUCAUCCUUGUACUUUUGGGACCUUUUGGAAGGUAGUGAGAAAGCAGUAGUAGGAACGACAUACAAACACAUGAAAGAUCUACUGUCUAAAUUACUGAAUUCAGGCUAUUUUGAAAGUAUUCCAGUUCCCAAAAAUGCUAAGGAAAAAGAAGUAUCAUUGGAGGAGGAAAUGCUAAUACAAUCAGAGAAGAAAAAACAAUUAUUGAAGACCGAAUCUGUUAAAGAGUCAGAGGCUCUUCUGGAACUUGCACAGCCAGAGAUACAGCCGCAAGAGUUUCUUAACAGACGUUAUAUGACAGAAGUAGAUUAUUCAAGCAAACAAGACGAAGAGCAAUCUUGGGGAGUAGAUUAUGCUAAAAAACCAAAUCUCCCCAAAUGUUGGGAUAUGCUUACUGAACCAGAUGGUCAGGAGAAGAAACAGGAAUCCUUCAAGUCCUGGGAGUCUCCUGUUAAACACCAGGAGGUAUCAAAGCCUGCAGUUUCCUUAGAACAGAGGAAACAAAUUCCAAAACUCAGGUCUACUCUGCCAGAAGAGCAGAAGAAGCAGGAGGUCUCCAAACUCAAGCUAACUCCUAGCCAGUGGAAGCAAGAAACUCCUAAAUCUAAAGCAGGAUACAUUCAAGAGGAACAGAAAAAACAGGAAACACCAAAGCCUUGGCCAGUUCAGCUGCAGAAAGAACAGGAUCCAAAGAAGCAAACUCCAAAGUCUUGGACACCUUCUAUGCAGAGUGAACAGAAUAUCACCAAGUCAUGGAACAGUCCCAUGUGUGAAGAACAGGACUCAGAACAGCCAGAGACUCCAAAAUCCUGGGAAAACAAUGUUGAGAGUAAAAAACACUGUUUAACACCACAAUCACAGAUGUCUACAAAGUCCUGGGGAGGUGCUACAACAAGCCUCAUACCAAAUGACCAGCUCCUGCCCAGGAAGUUUAAUACGGAACCCAAAGAUGUGCCUAAGCCUAUGCAUCAGCCUGUAGUUUCUUCCUCUACCCUUUCAAAGGAUCCAGUAUCGAGGAAAGAAAAACUGCAGGACUUAAUGACCCAGAUUCAAGGAACUUGUAACUUUAUGCAAGAGUCUGUUCUGGAUUUUGACAAACCUUCAAGUGCAAUUCCAUCCUCACAGCCGCCUUCAGCUGCUCCAAGUAGCCCAGUAGUACCUACAGAACAAAAUCUGUCCAGUCAAAGUGAUUUUCUUCAAGAGCCGUUAAAGGCUGCUUCUUCUCCAGUUACUUGUAGCUCAAAUGCUUGCUUGGUUUCUACUGAUCAGGCUUCUUCGGGAUCUGAAACAGAGUUUAUGACCUCAGAGACUCCUGAGGCAGCAGUUCCCCCAAGCAAGCAACUGUCUUCACUAGCUUCUCCAAAUCCUCCCAUGUCAAAGGGCUCUGAACAGGGCUUCCAGUCACCUCCAGCAAGUAGUAAUUCAGUAACCAUUAACACAGCACCCUUUCAAGCCAUGCAGACAGUAUUUAAUGUUAACGCACCUCUGCCUCCACGGAAAGAUCAAGAAAUAAAAGAAUCCCCUUAUUCACCUGGCUACAAUCAAAGUUUUACUACAGCAAGUACACAGACGCCACCCCAGUGCCAGCUACCAGCUAUACAUGUGGAACAAACUGUUCUUUCUCAAGAUACUGCAGCAAAUUAUCAUCCUGAUGGAACUCUUCAAGUAAGCAAUGGUAGCCUUGCCUUUUACCCAGCACAGACGAAUGUAUUUCCAAGACCUACCCAGCCUUUUGUCAAUAGCCGGGGAUCUGUUAGAGGAUGUACCCGUGGUGGGAGAUUACUAACCAAUUCCUAUCGGUCCCCUGGUGGUUAUAAAGGUUUUGAUACUUAUAGAGGACCUGCUUCAAUUUCCAAUGGAAAUUAUAGCCAGCUGCAGUUCCAAGCUAGAGAGUAUCCUGGAACACCUUAUUCCCAAAGGGAUAAUUUCCAGCAGUGUUAUAAACGAGGAGGGACAUCUGGUGGUCCUCGGACAAAUUCAAGAGCAGGGUGGAGUGAUUCUUCUCAGGUGAGCAGCCCAGAAAGAGACAACGAAACCUUUAACAGUGGUGACUCUGGACAAGGAGAUUCCCGUAGCAUGACCCCGGUGGAUGUGCCCGUGACAAAUCCAGCAGCCACCAUACUGCCAGUACACGUCUAUCCCCUGCCUCAGCAGAUGCGAGUUGCCUUCUCAGCAGCCAGAACCUCUAAUUUGGCCCCUGGAACUUUAGACCAACCUAUUGUGUUUGAUCUUCUUCUGAACAACUUGGGAGAAACUUUUGAUCUUCAGCUUGGUAGAUUUAAUUGCCCUGUGAACGGCACUUACGUUUUCAUUUUUCAUAUGCUUAAGCUGGCAGUGAAUGUGCCACUGUAUGUCAACCUCAUGAAGAAUGAAGAGGUCUUGGUAUCAGCCUAUGCCAAUGAUGGUGCUCCAGACCAUGAAACUGCUAGCAAUCAUGCAAUUCUUCAGCUCUUCCAGGGAGACCAGAUAUGGUUACGUUUGCACAGGGGAGCAAUUUAUGGAAGUAGUUGGAAAUAUUCUACGUUUUCAGGCUAUCUUCUUUAUCAAGAUUGAAAGUCAGUACAGAAUUGACAAUAGAAGGAUGGUGUUCUAACUAGUGGGAUUAAAGGAAAAGUAGUCCUUGCCCUCAUGACUGACUGGUUUAGGAAAAUGUUUUCAUUCCUAGAGGAAGAAGGAUGUCCUUACUUUUUUGUUUUCCUUCCCAAGAUGAAAAAUUUCAAGCUGAAUGACAAUUAGCACUAAUCUGGCACUUUAUAAAUUGUGAUGUAGCCUUGCUAGUCAAGCUGUGAAUGUAUAUUGUUUGCACUUAAUCCUUAACUGUAUUAACAUUCAGCUUACUAAACUGACUGCCUCAAGUUCAGGCAAGUUACAAUGCCUUGUUGUGCCUCAAUAAAAAAGUUACAUGCA